AUGAGCACCACCUUGACCAACCAGGAAACAUGCAUCGACGGAUUCUCACACGACAAACAUGAUAGGCAGCUUCGUGAAUCGCUUAUCGCUGGAGAGAUCCACGCCGAGAAGUUGUGUAGUAUAUCAUUAGCCAUGAUCAAGAACAUGACCGACACAGAUAUGGCCAAUCAAGUCGAGAUCAAUGGGCGGAAGUUAAAGGAGGAGGAGGAUGACGAAUGGCCGGAGUGGUUAUCCAUUGGUGACAGAAAGCUGUUGCAGUUAGGGACAGUGACGCCUAACGUGAUUGUAGCCGCGAAUGGAAGUGGUAACUUUACAACGGUUUCUGCUGCCGUGGCUGCUGCUCCGGCUUCAAGCGCAACCAGGUAUGUGAUUAGGAUAGCAUCAGGGGUGUACAGGGAAAAUGUCAACAUUCCUAGUAAUAAAAGGAACUUGAUGUUUCUGGGUUCCGGAAGAACUUCCACAAUAAUCACCGGAAGCAGAAGUGUUGCCGGCGGCAGCACCACAUUCAAUUCUGCAACUGUCGCGGCUGUGGGUGCUGGAUUUCUAGCGCGGGACAUAACGUUUCAAAACACCGCCGGGCCCUCAGGGAACCAAGCGGUGGCGCUACGAGUCGGAUCCGAUCUCUCUGCAUUCUACCUAUGUGACAUGAUAGCAUACCAAGACACCCUUUACGUCCAUUCCAAUCGUCAAUUCUAUAUCAACUGCUUCAUAGCAGGCACAGUCGACUUCAUAUUUGGCAAUGCUGCAGCCGUUUUUCAAAAUUGUGAUAUACACGCUCGUCGUCCUAACCCAAACCAAAGGAACAUGAUUACAGCUCAAGGCCGAAGCGACCCUAACCAGAAUACAGGAAUUGUGAUACAAAAAUCAAGGAUAGGAGCGACAUCAGACCUUCUACCGGUGCAAGGAAGCUUUCCGACAUACCUAGGGAGGCCUUGGAGGGAAUACUCGAGGACAGUGGUGAUGCAAUCAACGAUAAGCAACGUGAUAAAUCCGGCAGGAUGGUUUCCUUGGAACGGGGAUUUUGCACUUAAUACGUUGUAUUACGGAGAGUACCAAAACACGGGGGCUGGAGCUGCUACGGCGAAUAGAGUGACAUGGAGAGGGUACAGGGUGAUUAGGGAUGCUACGGAAGCUGGAGGUUUUACUGCCGGAAACUUUAUCAAUGGUGGUAGUUGGUUAAGAGCCACCGGCUUCCCUUUCUCUCUUGGGCUGUGA